UGUCAGAAGGGACACAACACGGAAAUGGCAGAGUUCGACUACCCGUGGCAAUACAAAUUCCCUCCGUUUUUUUCCAUUCAGCCCAAUCAGGAAACAAGGAAGAAACAGCUGGAAGCAUGGUGUACCCUUAUCCUAAGCUACCAUCGCCACAUCAAGAAUUACAGUCUAGAUGUCACAGAGGCACAGAAUUCUCCACUCUUCUAUAACAAGUCCAUUGACAGGAAGCUUUCAACUGAUGGUAUUUACACCGUCUUAGAUGAACUUAGUAAGCGAGGUCAUAUAGAAUGGAAAGACAAAGCACGGAAACAGUGUUUAAUAAUGUGGAGGACACCAGAGGAGUGGGGAAAGCUUAUCUAUAGAUGGAUAUGCGACCGAAGUAUGACAAAUACAGUGUGCACAUUUUAUGAACUAAGUGAGGGUGAUGAUAGCUCAUCACAAGAGUUCCAUGGUUUGGAGAACUGGUUGCUACUACGGGCGCUGAAGACCCUACAAAGUCAAGGCAAGGCAGAGCUUAUUGAUGGCAGUGAGGGGGUCAAGUUCUUUUAGAGCUUGCCUCACAAGGCUCAACAGCAACACAGCAUUCUUCAAGCAAUGUUGAUAAUAACUUGAUAGGAACAUAGAUGUCGGGCUAUGUCCCUUUCUACACAAGUUGACAGUUAAGACAUGUGUACUAAUUGACCUAUGAACAAGUACUUUUGCUUACAUGAUCCCACUGUGUUGAUCAUCAAGUCCUAGCAUGCUUCAUGGUACAAGUUGUAGUGAUACAGACUGUGCCUGUGGCUACAACAGAGCUGGAUGUGGGGAAACAGUGAGUUUGCUUCAUAACAUCAUGCCUAACAAUGAUGACUUUGCAUUCUAAUGAAAGCUCUGAAACCAAGGUCAUUAGACAACUGUCUCAUUGCAGUACACUGUUGUAAACCUGUUUGAUAUUGCUUAUCUAAUUUGAACACCAGCAUUUGUCCAGUUGUGUCACACUUAAAUCUUGUGAGAUUUGUUAGUUUAUUUGAGAUAUUAUUUCAGUUCCUGUAAACAACUGCCUACAGAUAACCAUCUACUGUACACCAGUUGGUAGGAUCAUAAGGUCUCCUUUCCUUUCAAAUGAUAUUUAUUAUGUAAAACUAAAAGAGAAUGCCCCUUGGUUCAAGCAAUGGCUGUUGUUGUCACAAGCAGAUGGCCAAGGGAGAACAUGCUGCCAGGUGUUCAGGGCCUACACCAUGUAGCAGCAUGUCAUGUUGUGGAGUGGGGAUAGGGUAGACUAUCCUCCUUCAGGGCCUACACCAUGUAGCAGCAUGUCAUGUUGUGGAGUGGGGAUAGGGUAGACUAUCCUCCUUCAGGGCCUACACCAUGUAGCAGCAUGUCAUGUUGUGGAGUGGGGAUAGGGUAGACUAUCCUCCUUCAGGGCCUACACCAUGUAGCAGCAUGUAAUGUUGUGGAGUGAGGAUAGGGUAGACUAUCCUCCUUCAGGGCCUACACCAUGUAGCAGCAUGUCAUGUUGUGGAGUGGGGAUAGGGUAGACUAUCCUCCUUCAGGGCCUACACCAUGUAGCAGCAGGGGUAAACUAUCCUCCUUCAGGGCCUACACCAUGUAGCAGCAGGGGUAAACUAUCCUCCUUCAGGGCCUACACCAUGUAGCAGCAGGGGUAAACUAUCCUCCUUCAUGACCUGCUGUGAGGGAGCGGCCAGCUCUAGCCACCUUGCUUCAUGUCACCACAUGGAAUGCAUGUGUUGCAUUGUACAGGAGGUUUAAGGGCCAAGUCCAUUAUGUAAUGCAACCAACUCACAUCUGUAUUCUUGUGUAUGUGCCCUUGUGUAACAACAACAAAAUCUGAAACAAUUUGGGGUAUCUUUGAAUUUGGAAAACAGGAACAUGAAAAUGUAACAAAGAUUUGUUAAUUGUUAUAAUAGAGACUAACUUUAACCUGUGUAACGAAGAAUACACAGUGCUGUGGUAGUUCUUAACACUCUCCAACACUUGUGUGUACAGAAAUACAACAGGAGUUACCUCCCCUCUUACCAACUGGGCUCACUGGCAACAGGAGACUGCGGUGUUGUGUUAUGUUCAAUUACUUGAUCUAGGCUGCCCACUGUUAAGAGAGGAUAGUACUUAAACAUGUAUAAGUCAUAGGUCAUAAUGGACAUGUGACAGUUCAGUACUGUAAUAAACUUAAAGUCUUCUGCUAGCAAAAAAAAUGUGAGGGUAAGCCAAACAUUGCUUAUCGCUGUGGUAGUAUCUCUCUCUCAUGCCAUUGUACUGUUUCAAUGUUACUUAUGACACGGCUAAGUCUCCCAGUUUGCAUGUCAUACACUUGGGGUACUCAGCCCUAUCAUAUGUACCUGUAUUGUUUGCACAAAAUCAGGAUGAAAGGGAAUUCACAUGAUCCAGUCACAAUAUCUUAUUUGACAGGGGUCUUUAUCUGUGUUGAUAGGGUUACAAUUUCUCUUCUGCAUCAUGUCAAAAGUCCAAUCAAUGAAUUAUUUGACACAUUUGUGUUCUCAAAAAUCCGAUGCAAAGUUUCACAUACCCGGUAGUCUGGUUAUGAGUCAACGCAAAGGCUGCAAGAGAAUGACAAGGUAUUUUGUUGGGCAAUGCCUUUGUUGAAUGUUUUAUGAAUAUUAAAACAUUAUCUUUAUUUGAAGCCGUAACUAAAUUAUCACAACAAGAAAGUGCUGCUAUGCAUAUUUGUGAGAGUUGUGACACUUGGUUCUCAUUCUGUUUGAACGAUAUCCAAGUGCUGUUAUACAAACUUGUGUUGUCAAAAUACCAGCAUGUUAAGAUGUAUCAUCUUAGUAAUAUCAUAUUAUCUUGAAAAAUGUACAAGUAUAUUUUAAGAGUAUAUGAAAUGAACUAUUGCAAUAAAGGUUUAAUUCAAACAACACGUUGAAGUUGUUGAAGAAAA